UGUGAUGUUUUCAGAAUUUGACAGGAUAUUGGCCUGUCUUCAAAAUAACGAAGCAGCCGAAAUACUACACGCCGUAGUAGAAUCGACCGAUAUCUGCGCCUUUAACCAGUAGUGGGCUAUGUGUUAGGAUAUUUCGUGUAUGCCGAACGAAAAGAGCCAGAUAGUUACAAGAGACGGAACGCAAAUGUUAACGGAAAGUGUACCACUGUAGUGCAAGUGGAAACAAUUGUGUUUUGUGUAAAUAACACACAACUUGUUGAAAGUGCCUGUCAAAGGGUUAAGUGAUUAAAUCCAUUGAAGUUAAUUUUACCGAUGUCGGGAUUAUGCAAAUUUAGAAAGACGUUUGCUGUUAUUAUAAUUGUGUGUGUAAGUGUGUUAAUGUUCUUAUACAGUGCUGGAACCAGGAUAGACGAGUUCGGAGCAUCAUUAGUGGACCUCUAUGAGCCUCUCAAUGACACGGACAUACACACACCAUGCACGAUCCACCCUCUUGAUCCAUGGGACGUUUCACUUAAGCCGUACAUUGCAGAGCCGUCACCUAUCGUGUGUUCAGACAGGUUUGACUUGUUUUAUGUUCAGAAGGACGGAAGGCUGGCAUUGAAUAAGAGUGUAGCAAAAUUGCAUAACAUUGAUAUUAAAAAAUGGAGGUGUUUCUAUCAGCUCAUCGAGCGUCUCCUUGGUGAUGUUCAUCUGAAAUUCGCGGAAAAGGUUGAGUUUAGUUCACCUGUCAGCAUUGACAGUCACUUGUUCCGUGUAACAUGUCAGUUCAACUCGCUAUUCAUUCCGUCUACAGUGUACGACAUGGCACAUUUUAAUCCAUUUUAUAGUAAUAGAUCUAACGAACGAGGCAAUAUACAUAACGAAACAGCGUCAACACCGAGCGUAAUAAUACUAGGACUUGAUUCCAUGUCACGAUCACACGCCAUCCGAAAUCUACCAAAAUCGAUGAAAUUCCUCCGUGAUGAAUUACAGGCUUACGAUUUCAUUGGGUACAGAAAGGUUGGCCUAAACACGUUUCCCAAUCUUAUGCCACUCUUAACUGGGAAAAGUCACGGGGAAUUCCCGGAAUUUUCGUCUAACGCAGCCUAUGCAGACGACAUGCCGUUGUUAUGGAGCGAGGAAUAUGCGAAACACAUGGCGACGUUUUUCGCUGAAGAUCGGUCUGACAUAACCACAUUCAAUCUUGGAAAACGUGGUUUCUUUCAAGUCCCAACUAACUUUUAUAUACGUCCGUACCUACUUGCUAUGCAAGAAUUUGAUCCAGUGUUUAUGUCGAAGUUAGAGCGACCCGACUCCUACUGCUAUGGUCGUAGAGGAUUUUUUGACUUAAUGCUGGAAUAUUUAAAAGGGUUCUUGGGACAUUACACAAACAAACAAACGUUAGCAUUUUUCUGGGAAAAUUCGCUUGGUCACGACAAGUUUAAUGAUUUAAAGCUGGGCGAUGAUUUGUUACUAGAAUUUCUGCAGUGGAUGAAAAGCGAACGGAAUAUGGACAACACUUUGUUGAUGGUAUUAAGUGACCAUGGCUUUCGAAUAGGUGGUGCAUCCUUGACCCAUAUAGGUCGAGCGGAGAAUAGCAAUCCUUUCCUAAUGGUUCACGUUCCAAGAAAUUUGAAGGAAGAUAAAACCAUCGAUCAAAUCCUUACUCAUAAUACCAAACAACUACUGACACCAUAUGACAUUUAUCAAACAGUGCAUGACCUACUGACACCAUAUGACAUUUAUCAAACAGUGCAUGACUUUUUGUCCAAUAAAUCAUCAGAAGAGAGAUAUGUUAAAACACACUUGGUUCGCCGAAGUAUAUUUCGUCCGAUACCGAGUACACGCACAUGCGCAGACGCCGGUCUGGAUGCCACGCAUUGCACGUGCACGGACAGGGUACCGGUGUCCAUAGAUUCCAAAGUUGUACGACUUCUUGCGAUACGAUUAGUAAAAGAACUGAACAAAAUAUUAGAACAAGACAGCAACUGUGCCGCUGUAACUCUUCAUAAUAUUACGGAAGCAUCUGUUCAUUACACUUUAAAAAACGACCUGAAUGUUCCAGAAGGUCUUCAAAACACGUUCAAGUUAACUAAAUUUCGAGAUAAUGUUCGUUCAGCGCACGAUCUAGACAGGACCAGUGGUCGGUAUUCGGUUUUGUUUUAUACGCAACCAGGCUCCGCAUAUUAUGAAGGACUCAUAGACUUUACUCAGUUUGGUAGCGGGGACAAGAUGGCGGUUAUAGGGGAACCAGCAAGACUGAACAAGUAUGGGAACCAGUCUCACUGUGUUGCCAAUUCAGAGCUACGGACGUUCUGUUUUUGUGUAGACCUUUUAAAAAAUGGUGCCAUUUAAAUAUCCUUAAUAUUUUAAAAAGGUAAAUGUUGAUGACUAUGAUUUUAUCGUCAGAUACGUUUCGUUUUUGCACAUGAAUUACAGAAAUAUUCUCAAUUUGUAAGAUUUACCAAUGUUCAGUCUUUAAACCGUACAGAUUGUAUUUUCGUUUAUCAGUUGUUAAAUGUAUGCUUUGUCUUUGUUUGAUAUUAAUUGAUUCCAUAUGUGUAAGUGUUUCUGUUCAACGAAUACCAGUUGAGUUUAUAAGAUGUUAUGUACAACAAGGAUGAAUGUGCAUGCAAAGCAUAAUUAUAUUGAUCAAAUGCUGCAUUCUGUUUUAGCGAUGCCAUUUUAAAUGGAUUAAAAUAUUUGCUUUAAAUUCAGCAUUUUUAACCUAAUUAACAUAAAACAUUAUCUUCAUCGUUAUUAUCACAUAGUCGAUAGAAUGACAACCCAAUUCAUGGUUAAAACAUACUUUAUUAUAGUGAUCGUAUAGUUCGCAUUGUAAAAUAUAUAUGAGCCGAGCACCUCCAUCCAGUCGUGACGGCUAACCAAACUCGGCACUCCCUAAUACAAAAUCUUGAAGUAUUUAUACAAAACAUUUGUCACUAUCAACUUUCAUUAAUUGAGUUGAUAAAGAACUACUUAUACACUAUUAAGGAAAUCAGUCUUUAUCAAUACCCCAUUAAUUUCUGAAUAUUGGUCUUUUCCAACAUGUAGGAAAUGUACACUUUAAACAAGCAAACGUAUUUCAAUAGGGUGUACUAUGUUAUAUUAUCUCGGAGGUCAGAAAUGAUUUUCCAAACCAUUAUAUGUACGAGCACAAUCCAAUAAGACAUCAUUUAUUUGUGAAAUUGUGUUCAUGUGUCACAGUAUCACGCGCUUUAAAUGUGCACAAUUAUUUUUUAUCCUUUUUCGCUUGUCACUGUUUUUACAUAUAUUAAAUCAAGUUAAUACCAAUAAAUGCUAUUUGAUUCUAAAAUUUAUUUAGAUGUUCUGAAUUAGUAGAUGACUCCUGAAUAAAGAAUAAGGAUGUACAUUGUAUUUACAUCAUAUACUAAAACGCAUCAGAUUUUCACCCAGAAAAAACAGACUGAUAGCAAAUAUUUGGCUUAUGGUGCCCCUUGGACUCUACAUGUAUAUAUUGAUUAUUAUCAAAUAGGUCAGCCACUAAGAAACAUCCAUACAUACUGAUAGUGGUGCAUGAGGUUAGUGAGGGGUAUAUUUAAACCGUUACCACUUAGAUACGUAUUUUGACGCAUUUGUAGUCCCUUAGAAAGUUACAUUUAAUUAAAUACCUUUUUACUAAAUUAGAGUUUUGAAGAUUUCAUUUCUAACCUUUAGAUACUGAUGAGAAGCAAACAGCAUAAAACCUGACCAGACUGCGAGGUAACUCGCAGGCUGUUCUGGUUUUAUGCUGUUUGCACAUAGCCAUUUUCAUUUAGCUAAGUGGGAAAUGGUUAAGAUACAAUAUGUAUAAAUCCAAUAGAUAAUGCUCAAACUGCAUGUGCAAAUUCAAAUAUACAUGUAUGUCUUAACCUGUGAAUUUUUUUUCCGUUUAUUUUUGUUUUAAGAAAGUGUGUUUUUUUGGCAAACGGAUUGGUAUCUGUACAGAAUAAAUGUCAAACUUUAAA